GGGGCGGCGAGCACGGAGUGGCUGGAGUGCGCGUGCUGUUUACAGUCGUAAACCAAUCACCUGGACGGCUUGUAGACUGAAGCCAUGUUGAAACUUCCACUGUAGACAGAGCAAGUUUUCUCCCGCAGCUUACAGAAAAGGCUUGAGAGUAAUCCUCGAAGAACACACAAAAACGUUUCUCGACUUUGUUUUGUCUGAAUUUGGAGACGACAUGAGCGCGAGCAGCUUCCUGGUUUUGUUGGGGAGAGGAUGCACACAGACCUUCAGACGACCUCAGCUUGCUUUACCUGCUUCCUUUUCGAUGGUGAGUCUCCAACUCUGUCUUGAAAACCGAUUCAUAAGCUCCUUUGUUUCUAUGGCACAGCUGGUGGGCCCUGGGUGCAGCUUUAAAGUGCAGCUGAGUCAUGGCAAGAAACAUACAACAAACCCACGGUAGGUGGUUAUGUUUCUUUAAAAUAAUUUGAAUUCACCUUUGGCGCCGCCGCUGUGGUUUUCCUGAAAAGACUGCAGGUUGAACUGAGGACAGCUGCAGCCCUUGUCUGAAAGAGCCUUUGCUUUGUUUUUUUCAAUGAGGAUUAAAUAAGAUUAAGCAGUGGCGGAGCAAGACUUUUUCUACCAGGGAUGGCCAAACUGAAACAAAGGUGGCCAGGUGGGUGCAACAUUAGGGGCUGAUCCCAAACACAGGAGGAUUGUUUGCACUAACCACAUCUACUCAACUGAGUGGCAACAUUUAGAUCUGGGCCAAUAGACGGGUUUCUGUGCAAUGUCAUAGAAGGUAUGCAUGCGCAGCCAGGGGGCAGAAAGCGGGAUAUUUCUUAUUUGUUUACUAACGGAGUCAACGGAGAAAGAACACAACCAAAACAAACAAUCGGCAAACAACACGACCCUGCUCCUGAUAUUAGAAACAUCUAAAACAACGUCACAACCUGGUAAAUUGAGUGAAACUCAUGGACAUUUUAGCAAGUGUUUUUCUGAUUUUGAUGCAAUGAAAGACAAAGCGAUUUUUCAAGGAAAUGACGUUUUAUUGCAAUUGUGUUCCGGAGAACUUGCAAACAAUACGACAUCUUCAUUGAUAUCAGUUCACUCCGAAGUAGGCUUUUGUCCCCUGGUUGCGCGCACACCUAGUAUUGUUCGUACACAAGAAACCCGUCUAUAGCCAACUACAGUUCACUAUUUCAGGGUAGUGAAUCAGAUUUCAGGGUCUCCCAUGGCCUCUUUCUAGCUUCGCCAACACAACUACAGCUAUACACCCCUGAGAAAUAUGUUUACUGAUACAUUAGGUUUUAAAUAAAUAUUAAAAAGUCUUUUAUACAGUCAGACUUUCUAGAGCUGUGAAAUCUCCCCCUGCUGGUCGUCACACAGAGAGCAGACAUAAGGCACAUUCGCUUGGGUUUUAAACAAACCCAAUCUAUGAACAGGUGUCGAGUAUUGCAUUGCUUUCAUUUUAGUCGACAAGCUGUGGUACUUUUGUGCACAUACAUUAAAAAUAGCUCAUAUUUGCUUGUUGUUCUGAAGUGUCCCACCACAGCUUUAAUAUUGACAGAAAAAGUUCAGUAGUUUAUCCUCAUUCUUUAUACGUCUACCACAAAACCCAUUAGCUCACGAGUUUAACUUCUCUUUCUUGUUUUCCUCCUUUUUCAGUUUCCAUCUCACCCUGUUCCCUGACUUGGUUUUUCUGCAGGUUCAGCUUCGCCUGGAGUCCUCACAGGCUGUCCCUGCAGCCCGGCUGCCCUACAGAGUGAAGGUGAAUGCUGGGAAACGCUAUGCCUGGUGUGCCUGUGGACACAGUCAGAAACAGGUUUGUGUGGUUCAGCUUCCAAAGGGACUUAGGUUUAAAACAGGAGGAUGGUCAUUUGAUUGAUGUCUUAUUUUCUUAUAAACAAAACAUGUAGUUUGGUUGGUCCCAAAAGCAAAACCCUAUGGUAGGCAAGAAAGUGCAAUUAGUUUGUCCUUGAUUUUAAACUGAUGGGGGGCAACAGAUAAAUCAACUCCUGCAAUAAGUGAAUGCCAAAUAAUUUGAGAAUGGAAAGAUAUCUGCCAACCUUCACACUCUCUUCCAAUGUUCCCUGUCUCUCUCUUCUACCCAGUAUAGACUUAAGGUCAAAAAGCUAUCUUCAGUAAAGAAAAGACACCAUCUUGCUGAACAUAGAGACAUUUGUUUGGCUUUUCCAUGACAGAUUUCAAACUUGUCAAAGCAGGAGAAGCUCGAGUAUGACCUUUUUCUUCUCUAUUUACCAUCUCAGUUUGUUGCUUUAAGAGGGUGUAUGAGCAGCUGUGCUUUGACUUCCAUUGUUUUCAGCUCACUCUUGAAUAAGAUGCUAAAUAUGGCAGUUUGUAAACUGAAUGCUGAAUAAGACCUGUGGCUGAAACAUGUUUCAGCUAAAGAAACUAAAGAAUUGUGGCUCUCCAUUCCCCGUGUAAAUAAGUGACAGGACAUUGAGUGUGCUGGAUUUUUCCUUCUGCACCCUAUCCUGAUCCAGCUCUAAAGCUGCUCUGUCAGUGUGUGAUAACAGUGACUCAGCAUAAACAAAACUGCCACACCUAAAUACAUAAGCCAUUUUUUAACAGCUUUGCUUUAUGUUUUUCGCCUGCUGUGAUUAAGGGCUGUACCAAUAAUUGAUAACCUUAACCCAUUAGUUUUUAUCCCGUACUGGUCUGUGAUGUAACUGCAGUUAUGUCUUUGUUUCAUGAAACAAGCUUCAUCAUUUUUUUCUGCAUGUGCUAAAAUACAUGCAGUUAUAAAGCAAAAUUUAGCUUCUUCGGCUUUUUAAGGGGGAAAUCUGACAGCAGAAAAACUUUUUUGCAAAACAUUGUACAGCUGCGUUCAUUGUUUUUGGGUAAAGCAAAUGUGUAUGUUAUAAGAAAAACUUCUGUUGAGAGUGUUUUUAUGUAAACUUUAUUAUUACGCAUUGAAUUAAGGUGACACACUUUACUAGAGAGAGAGUCCUGACCACAAAAAGUGAGUUUUAUAUUUUAGAAAAUCUGACUUCUACAACAUAACAGUUCUACUUUGAUACCUCCAAACACUGCUGUACGAGAGCCAUGUUUGUGAUUAAGAUACAUUUGACCACUAAAAGCACACAUCCUGUUACUUUUACCAAACACAAAGUGAAACUGAAAUGCUGCUCACCAUACACAGCGGCUGUCCUCCCUCUUUCUGAGACACCAGGGGCCUGUUCUACGAAGCAGGAUUACUGCUUAGCAAGGUAACUUCAAGGGUAAGUUCGGGGUUUCCUGUUCUACGACGCGGGUUCACUUCUUAGCGAGGCAAGUCUCCAUGGCAACGUACGCUGAACUGCUAACCUGCGCCGGGGCAGGUUGGGUUCCAGAUUAAACUCACCGAAUAUAAAAACCCCGCCCACUGACCAAUGAGCUCUCUGGAAAAACGGCUUGUCCAUUCUUGGAGGAUCCUAUAGACCUCGGUGCUCGCAUUGUCCGAGGGGCACUCCGGCGCGCGAGAGUUUUCAGGGACCGCACAGACCCACUUCCUUUUCCAGAUGACCACCUUUAUGAAAGGCUCAUAUGGCCUACAUAUCACACAAAAAAUGUAAACACGAUAGGAAUGAACAAAUGAAUAAUUUCAUAAUAGGCCCCAGAAGUCUAUAGAUAAACACACGGCAUGUUAAAUAGUCAGUAAUACCACGAGUGUAGAGAAAAAUGAGCUGAAGCAGAGUUAAGUUCUUGACUCAGAGGAUUCGUUGUAGUAGCCUAGCCUACUGUAUUUAAAUGAAUUUAACAAAUGAUGUUGGUCAGCCCAUUGUCUGUUUUAAUAUGAGUAAAAAAUAUUUUCUGUACUCUGUCUUCAGUCAAUGAAUACACAGACUAAAGCAUAAUAGUAAAUCAUGGACAUUCACAUCAUAGAUAUACAGUCUUUUCUUAUUUGUCUUUUUCCUGUUGAAGCUUGUUCAAAAAUCAUAAAAGAAAUUCAAAAACUUCCCUCAGUCUGCAAUGGAUGAAAAAUCCCUAAACAAAUUUCAAAAGUAUUCAGAAACAGGCCAUAUUGGAUAUUAGAUUCUUACUACCUGUGUCAAAGCUGAUGUUGUGAAUUAAGGUUGUUUCCUCCUCUUUUUCAGCCUUUCUGUGACGGCGCUCACAGGACAAAAGCUCCAACCAUCUCUCCUUUGCGCUUCACUCCUGAAAAAGACCAGAACGUGAUGCUGUGUGCCUGUAAACAAACCAAGAACGCUCCGUACUGUGAUGGCUCUCACUUUAAGGUCAUCUUCCAGGAUGUAGUAAAGUCAGUGAAAGGAGUCUUUAAAUGAGGAGUCUGCGCUGGUUGACUGAGGAGCAGAAACUUUCAUGGAGAUGAAGCACUAAACGAUCACUUGUGUCUACCUUGAUCAUAUCUGAACUGAAAGGGAUAUUCCGGCGUAAAAUUAAGUUAGGGUCAAACACACCGUAACACAAAAUUAGACACCCCUCAAGAGAUUAAUGUUGCCGACUGCUUGCUUCUCUAGUUAUACCAACUUUAGUAACGACUGCACGAUAGCAAUACACAGCAGUCUACAUCGCCACACACAAACCUCAACCAAAACGCCACUCUAUAGACCCAAAUAAUGCUCAGAAUAGCACCUAACUUUAUCAACAGUACAUAUAGGGUCCCAGCCAUAGUACUAGCCAUCAAACAUCUUUUUAGCUUUGCCUGAUUUCUUUAGCAAAGAGGCCAAACACAACUCAUCCACUCUCCUCCAGCAGCAGCCACUUGUCUGUGGGGAAGCCCUGAUGAGUUGAUCACCGAGUGCACAUUCAUCUCUUGAGUGGGUGUCUAACUCGGUGUUAUGCUUUGUUUGACCGUAACUUAAUUUUACGCAGGAGUAUCUCUUUAAGCACGGCAGCUUUAGGGACUCAAUAGUUUCAUCUAACUGCCUGCCUGUCUGUUCAAUUCAGGUUAAAAGUGAUUUGCUAGUGUGUAAAAAAAACAUCUUUCACAUUCAUCGGUAGAACAUGGAACUCUGCUUUCUAUUUUAUUCUCUGUAUACAUGUCCGAGUUAUACUGUGUCUAUAUAAAUAGCAUUGAUGGAAGUAACUGUUUUUAUAAGAAUGUAUGGCAUGUUAAAAAUAAAUUACACAGUCGUGCUCAAAAAUAUAUUUUUAGGAUUGUGCCACAACAUGUGUUCAAUUAAAAUAAAAUAAAUAUAACUGUUAAACCAA